AUGAACGGCGAGGCAGCAGUGUUCACGCCGGGGGCCAAGGUGAAAUUGGCCGCCGCGGCAGACAAGGCGUCCAGAGACUUUCGCUCUGAUGUUGUCACGGUGCCCACCGAGGACAUGAUGCAGGCAAUCAUUGAGGCAACAGUAAACGAUGACAUUUACGACGCACAGGGGGACCCCUCAGUCAAGGCACUCGAGGCAAGAUUGAUGAGCUUGACGGGCAAGGAAGCUGCACUUUGGGUAGUCUCCGGCACCCAGGGUAACCAGAUCUGCCUUCGAACCCAUCUGACCCAGCCGCCACACACGGUUCUCCUCGACCAUCGCGCCCAUGUUCACUGCUGGGAGUCCGGUGCACUACCAGUCAUGUCCCAGGCUUCGACUACCACGGUACACCCGAAGAACGGUGUACACCUGACUCUGGAGGAUGUCAAGGCCAACAUGAUCGCCGACGGCAACAUCCACUUCCCCCCAACUCGCGUCGUGUCUCUAGAAAACACCCUGAGCGGCACCAUCCUGCCGCUCGCAGAAGCGCAAGCAAUCUCGCACUACGUCCGCUCCUUCCCCGUACCGGAAGGCCAGAAGCCAGUCGCCAUGCACCUCGACGCGGCCCGCAUCUUCGACGGCGUCAUCGGCGAAGGCGUCGAGCUCAAGACCUACGCGGCCUGCUUCGACAGCAUGUCCAUCUGUCUCUCCAAGGGCGUCGGCGCCCCCAUGGGAAGCGUGAUCCUGGGAAGCAGGCAGUUCAUCGAGCGCGCCAAGUGGUACCGCAAGAUGUUCGGCGGCGGCACGCGACAGCCGGGCAUGAUGGCGGCUGCGGCGCUCACGGCUCUGGACUACACGUUGCCGCUACUGGGUAAGGUACAUGAGUUGGCGAGAGCUACUGCGAAGACGCUUGAGGGCUUAGGGUACAAGUUUGCCCUUCCGGUGCAGACGAACAUGGUUGUGCUGGACUUCGCUUCUGUGGGGAUUCCGCCUGCUGCGUUUGUGGAGUAUUGUGCGGAGCAGCGGUUGGCCGUGUUUCCUAACGGAAGGCUCGUGUUCCAUCACCAGACGACGAAGGCGAGCGCGGAUUCUUUGGUGGCUGUUUUGGAAAAGCUCAUGAAGGACAAAAAGGCGGGCGUUGUGCUUAGUGACAGCGAGGUUCACGGCGGGUACUCCUGA